AUGUCGCCCUUAGUUAAGACAUGGAUUCCCAUUUCUAGAGAAUUGACAAAGAAAAUAGAUGUAAACAAAAAAUAUGAGGAAUGCGUUCAGACUUUAAAUUCAUUACAGAGCAAUGAACAGACUCUAGAAAAGAUCCAACAAGCGCGUGAUAAAGAUGCACCACUGUACGUUUCUAAUAUUAUAAAAUGGGCAUCCAGAGUAGGAAUGACCUUGGAUGACGUUGAUAGAUUAAAGGUUAUACAUGUCAGUGGAACCAAAGGUAAAGGUUCAACAUGUGCAUACUGCGAGAGCAUCCUACGACAUCAGGGGUUCAAAACAGGAUUUUACAGUUCUCCUCAUCUUGUCGAAGUGAGAGAGCGAAUUCGAGUUAAUGGACAGCCCCUUUCACAUGAAAAAUUUGUCUCUUAUUUCUGGGAUGUGUUCAACAAGCUAAAAGAUACAAAGGAACAAAAUAAUGGUUCUAUGCCGGCAUACUUUGCGUUCCUUACCCUAAUGGCAUACUAUACUUUUCUGCAAGAAGAAACAGAUGUAGCUAUCAUAGAAGUUGGUAUUGGAGGCCAGUAUGAUUAUACUAAUAUGGUGAGGACACCAGUAGUUUGUGGAGUUACUUCCCUUGGAAUUGAUCAUGUUUCUAAUUUGGGAAACACUAUUGAGAAGAUUGCAUGGCAUAAAGCUGGUAUUUUCAAAUAUGGUGUCCCAGCAUACACAUCUCCUCAGUGUCCUGAAGCACUAAAAGUUCUUUAUGAAAGAGCAAAGGAAAGGGAGUGCCAUCUGCAAGUUGUUCCCGACUUCACCUUCUACCAAUUACCAGGUGAGAAGUUUAAGCUGGGUAUAGCUGGAAAGAUGCAGAAAGUCAACGCUUCGCUGGCUUUACAAUUGACAAGGAAAUGGAUGGACACUCAGGGAGCUAUACAAGAGGAAGAAUUAAAUGGUACAGAAGCUGUCAAAGGACAUGUUGAUAUAGAAGUAGCAAAGUCUUUCCGUUUGAAACAAUCCUUGAUAGACGGUUUAGUCGAAUGCAAAUGGCUAUGUAGAAAUCAGACCAUUAAGAAAAACAAGUUAACAUACUAUUUAGAUGGUGCACAUACCGUUGAAAGUAUUCAGCAGUGUGUUGAUUGGUUCCAAAAACAUUCCAAACGAGAAGCAAAAAGGAUCGGUGGUAAAGUGGUUAAAAUUUUGCUGUACAAUACAAAAGGAGAUAGAGAUGUAACACGUCUCUUAAGACCACUCAUGUCAUGUGAGUUUGAUGCAGCAGUUUUCUGUCCAAACAUAUCAUACACAACAUCAUCAGUGUCAGACACUACUAAUAUGAACUUCUCUAAGGAAACCCAACUACAAAAAUGUCAGCAUAUUAUGGAAACAUGGAAGGAACUUUCUCGUUCAAAGACAAAGAAUAUUGAGAUUGAUCAAUUUACAGAAGUUCAAAAAAGUACUACUUCAAUGACAAAUCCGGGAUUGACAGCAGAUUGUAACCUCAAUAACUUUUCAUCUUGCCAUACUCAGUCCCAUGAAAAUGUGGACCAAUCAAAACAGAAUGAUUACACUGCUUCAUCUUCAUCUUCAAGUGGUACAGAUUUAACUGAUGAAUGCACACAGAAACAUCUUGCUACUGACUGUGAUGGCUUUGUCGUAAACUUUCCAUGUAUUUAUGAUGCCCUUCUAUGGGCAUCUCAUGGCAGAGACGAUAACUUGAAGGAUGCUUGUAUGUUUCCAUCUCAGGUCCGUGGGGCCAAUCAUGUACAGAUAUUAGUAACAGGCGGUAUGCAUCUAGUAGGUGGAGUACUUGGAAUUGUCAGUGACGAUUACAAAUAA